AUGACGCGGUUUAUGAGAGCUAAGAGGGAGAGAAAGAAGCAUGAAGUGAGAGCGAAGGAGGAACCUAGAGGAGCAGGUCUCGUGGGCGGGAUAUUUGGGCAGCAUGGUUGGGAGUUAGGCGGGACAUUUGGGCGGGAUAGUGAUGUGACGGCAUGA